UGCGCGCAAACAAGUGCACAUGUAACAACCAAGCACGUAAUUCCAGAGCAAGCCCGUCUCUCGUCGGGCAAGAACAUCUUCUUCCACGAGACCUCGUGCUUCGGCCGCGAGACAAACCACCAGCUGGAGUUCAACUGCCGGCAAGCCUGUGCCGUAGAAUCCGCGGCUCGAGCCAACCCGGGAAUGUCGGUGAAUUUGCUGUUCCUCAGUCCAUCGGCGCCGUCCAAUCGCACCCGGAAAUUGUUGGAUCUCCUGCUGCGCUACGACAACGUGAGGGUCAAGAGGAUACUGGUUGACGAUUACAUCAAGGAGUCGCCGUUGGAACGGUGGUACGAGGACGGGGUGCUCGGGACUAGCCGCUGGCCCAGGAGCCACAUGUCCGACAUUCUGAGGUAUCUGACCCUGUGGAGGUUCGGGGGCGUCUAUCUCGACCUCGACGUCGUUAUUAUCAAAUCUCUGGAAGAUUUGUCGAAUUUUGCCGGCGCCGAGGACUGGAUGGACGUGGCCGCGGGUGUCAUCGGUUUCAGCGCCAGUGGUCUCGGCCGGCGCGUAGCCAACGCUUGUCUGCGGGAUCUGUUGCGAAACUUUCGCGGCAACGUUUGGGGCAACAACGGGCCCGGCGUCAUUACCCGCACGCUGCAAAAAUUUUGCGCCGUCAAAAAC